GAACCUGAGGUGGAAACUUUUGUUUAUCAUUCAUUGUCAUUCACUGUUGUUAGCUCCAUUCAUUUUGCGUUUGUGUCUCUCAUUGAUCAUAUCAUCACAUUCCAUCUAUCAUCCCGUCUCUUCCAUGUCUAUCUUCCAUUUCAUCUUCCAUCUUUCAUGUUCCAUCUCUUCUAUUUUACCAUCUUCAUCUUCUAUCUUCUAUCUUCUAUCUUCUAUCUUCUAUCUUCUAUCUUCUAUCUUCUAUCUUCUAUCUUCUAUCUUCUAUCUUCUAUCUUCUAUCUUCUAUCUUCUAUCUUCUAUCUUCUAUCUUCUAUCUUCUAUCUUCUGUCUCUUCCUUCAUGCUCAUUGUGACCAUCGUGCCUUUUUCUUGCCUCCCGUUCUGCUCUUGUCAUGCUCGACCUGGUUGGUCGGUGUCCACGAUGCUUACCUUCAUCGUUACCACAGCGCAUGGCUCACGGGUAGCAGCAGCAACAGCAGCAGCAAGUUGCCUACCGUCCUGCAAACCCAGCUUCACCCUGUUUGUCAACGGCCUGCGGAAGUUUGCGACAGGCGCAUGGUUCAUGAUUCAUGGUUCAUGGUCUAUACGCGUCGCAUGCGUUAUUCGCAGUAUGUAGCUGAUCCGGCCGGCUCUGAAGCGUCGUCUCGCCAUCCAUGCUGCUUUAUCUAAACAUGCUUCCGCUCACGCUCCGUCAAGACUCUUUUCCACAAUCUGUCUUCCAUUACAACCAGUCUGCGCCUUACUGCCUCUC